GAAAGGGACGCGACCCCGACGGAUUCAGCUUCUGUCCGGCGUCUCGUCGAACUUCGGAGUUGCAGUUUUCAUUAGCCGCCGGCAGGCAGACGAGUUCAAUCCGGCUAUCUGAUGCAGGUUUCUCGUUUCCUUGUCUUCAAUUUUAUCUUGCUAUUAAUAUUUUGUUUUGGUUAGAUGCUUCAGCUUAUUGGCCUUGGCCCUUCAGAAUUUUUGGUAACUUCUUGGACCAUGCACAUAGGGAUAGGUUAAAUACCAGUGAUUAGCUACGGAACCAGCGCUUCAUGGCUUCUUCUUGUUCUUUUCAUUUAAAUCAAUAAUAGUGAGAAAUGAAUGUGGCUCUUGACCGCUUUGUCUUGUCCGAUUUCUUUGUGAUCGACGCUGCCUAAAUUGUCAGCUCUGUCAGUUACCAUUCCAUUCUUUCUCCUCUUUCGUGAAUAUCGAAAGCGCAAAGCUCCGAUUGAUUUUAGCUUCCUGUCUAAAUUUUUUCAGCUCUCUUUGUCCAUUGCUGUCCGUGUUGUGAUGCAUUUUCGGAGAAUGAUUUUCUUAAUUUUAUCUUAAAUGUACAGUUAUCGUGUGAUUUGCUUCUUCAAUUUUGGUAUUCCCGUGAUCACUGAAAACUCCAAGGUCUCUAGGAACCAUGCCUUGAUUAUUUUGAAUGGAAUUUCUUGCUUGUAAUUAUGUGUGAUGAUAGAAAAAUUGUAGUACAAAAAUGGAACAUAAAAAGAUGGUGAGUUAUCGUAUUUUGCAGAGCAACAUGCAGCUAGUUUGAGUCUUUGGAAUUUGAUUUUAUAGUUUAAAUCAUGCAACUAAUUUGAGUUUUAAGAUUUCUUUUUAAUAUAAAUGCGGUAUAUUUAGGCCUUUUAAUCUCUUUUCUUGAAUUACUUGUAUUAGUUUUUUCUUUCAGAAUUUGCUGAAGCUGUAUAAAUAUUAGUUACUUAGUUUGAAGUUUCUAAGAAGAUUCAGUUAAUGAUAGAAGAGAAAAGCAAAAGAAAAAAUGAUUAAUAGAUAAGUGGAUACAAUCAUCUAUGCUGGUUUGUUAUUCUAACUUGUACUUGCUGCUAGAGUUCCAUCUGUCCUGUAUGUUUGGCUUGCUGUGGUGAUUGACAUCAGAGAAGAAGCUAACAUCGUCAAUUCAGAAAGAAAGAAAGAAAGGAUUACAGUACUCUGCUUGGCUUUUGGAUUAUUUUAGUGUCUGAUCUCUGCUAUGAACAACAAUCUGGUAUUUCUUGCAAGAACUCUUGCAACAAGAUUUCACAGCCCAUCUACAUUGCGAUUCUUUUGUUCAUCAUCCUCAGAGUCGUCUCCUCCUUCCAGCAACAGACUCUUUGUUGGAGGGUUGUCAUGGUCAGUGGAUGAGAAGUCUCUCAAAGAUGCUUUCUCUUCAUUUGGUGAAGUCACUGAAGUGAGGAUAGCAUAUGAUAAAGACAGUGGUAGGUCUAGAGGGUUUGGAUUUGUCAUAUUUUCGGAUGAAGAUAAAGCCAAAACUGCAAAAGACGCAAUGGAUGGCAAGGCACUCUUAGGAAGACCGUUGAGAAUAAAUUUUGCUCUUGAGAAGGUCCGUGGGGGACCUGUUGUAGUUCCUCGGAUCUCAGAUAUUGGACACAUAAAUAGGCGCGGCACUUCAUCUAAAACCGGAUAAGCUGUAAUUUGCUACUCACUCUGAUCCUAAAUAUAUGACUUAAUUUGAGGAUUUAUUUUGAUAUUAAAUAUAAGGCUUCAAUUGA